GUAGUUUGUUUAAUUGUCUCUAUACUAAUACAGAUAGUAGUUUAUACUAAUACAGACUGAGUUUGUGGUCUAUCGCUGCUGUACAUAACACAGAGUGACGGGCGGGUCGCUGGAGUCUCUCCCUGGGUUGUGGGACCCACCGGUCACGUGAUCCUGUUCGCCCCGCCCAUUUAACCGCAGACGGGCAGCAGCGCGUCUGCUCCCGAGGCCCCGCCCUCCGGAUGACGCAAAGUCUCUUUGCGCAUGCUCACUGUCGCCAGAUGGACGAUGUUUGCCUUGCCGCUCAGUGCUGAAGCGGAUCGUCUGCGGGAUCGGGAAGGGACGAUCGCCUCCUUGAUCGGGGAGCCGGGGGUCGGGAUCACUGUCUGCGGGCUGAAGAUAUCACUUUCCCAUCGGUGAGUACUGAGACCGAUCCCGAGCGGGGAGAUCUGAUAUUGGCCGUCAGCCCCGAACUGCGGGCCAAUUACUCAUUUAGUAGCCAGUUAUCUGGGCUCGUCAGAAACGUGUCGACUCCACUUAAUCUGCAUUGAACGACCCAAACCAGGAAAGGCUGUCUCUUUCCGCAGAAUUGAAAUGGAAGUCCCGCCAACAGGUCACGUGAGGCUAUUUAGCCCCGCCCUCCGCUUUGUGACGCAAGAUCACGUGGUGUGUGCUCACAGCCCCCGAUGGGUGGUGACUCUCCGGGCCCCCUGGUAGCAGCAGAGAUACAGAGGAGCAGAUUGAGAGGCAGAUUCUGGAAAGGUUAAAAACGAGAAGGAAUUUAGCUCCUAGGAUCUCAAACACGGCACGCCAGUUUUGUUGUCUCUGUCCAGAUGUUUGAGAAGUGGAGCAAGGGAUUCAAUCGAUCAUCCUUCCUGCUCAGACUGUGGGGAGGGAUUCACUUGGUCAUCUGACCGACUGGCAUGCCUGUCAUUUUACACAGGGGAAAGGCCGUUCACCUGCUCAGACAGUGGGAGUGGAUUCACUCGGUUAUAUCAAUUGAAGAUACAUCAGCAAGUUCACACUGGACAAGGCCAUUCACUUGAUCUGUGUGUGAGAAGGGAUUCAGUCGGUCAUCCUACCUGUGGACACACCAGUCUGUUCACACUGGGCAGAGGCUGGUCAUCUGCUGAAUUUGUGGGGAAGGAUUCACUCGGUCAUCUGACCUAAUGGCUCAUCAGCGGGUUCACACCAGGGAGAAGCCGUUCACCUGCUCAGACUGUGGGAAGAGAUUCGCUAAUUCAUCCACCCUACAGAGACAUCAGCGAGUCCACACUGGGGAGAAGCCAUUCACCUGCUCAGUCUGUGGGAAGGGAUUCACUCGGUCAUCCAACCUACUGGCACAUCAGCGAGUUCACACUGGGGAGAAGCCAUUCACCUGCUCAGUCUGUGGGAAGAGAUUCACUAAUUCAUCCACCCUACAGAGUCAUCAGCGAGUUCACACUGGCGAGAAGCCAUUCACCUGCUCAGUCUGUGGGAAGAGGUUCACUGAUCAAUCCACCCUACAGAAACAUCAGCGAGUUCACACUGGGGAAAAGCCGUUCACGUGCUCAGAAUGUGGGAAGAGAUUCACUGAGUCAUCCAGCCUACAGAGACAUCAGCGAGUUCACACUGGGGAGAAGCCAUUCACCUGCUCAGUCUGUGGGAAGAGAUUCACUCGGUCAUCCAACCUACUGGCACAUCAGCGACUUCACACUGGGGAGAAGCCAUUCACCUGCUCAGUUUGUGGGAAGAGAUUCACUAAUUCAUCCAGCCUACAGGGACAUCAGCGAGUUCACACUGGGGAGAAGCCAUUCACCUGCUCAGUCUGUGGGAAGAGAUUCACUGAUCCAUCCACCCUACAGAAACAUCAGCGAGUUCACACUGGGGAAAAGCCGUUCACCUGCUCAGAAUGUGGGAAGAGAUUCACUGAGUCACCCAGCCUACAGAGACAUCAGCGAGUCCACACUGGGGAGAAGCCAUUCACCUGCUCAGUCUGUGGGAAGAGAUUCACUAAUUCAUCCAGCCUACAGAAUCAUCAGCGAGUUCACACUGGGGAGAAGCCGUUCACCUGUUCAGAAUGUGGGAAGGGAUUUACUCAGUUAUCCAACCUACAGAGUCAUCAGCGAGUUCACACUGGGGAGAAGCCGUUCACCUGCUCAGUCUGUGGGAAGAGAUUCACUAAUUCAUCCAGCCUACAGAAUCAUCAGCGAGUUCACACUGGGGAGAAGCCGUUCACGUGCUCAGAAUGUGGGAAGAGAUUCACUCAGUCAUCCAGCCUACAGAGUCAUCAGCGAGUUCACACUGGGGAGAAGCCAUUCACCUGCUUAGAAUGUGGGAAAGGAUUCACUCAGUCAUCCAAACUGCUAGUACACCAGUCAGUUCACAGUGGGGAGUGGCCAUUCACCUGUUCAGACUGUGGGAAGGGAUUCACUUGCUCGUCUAAGCUAAUGGCUCACCAGCGAGUUCACACUGGAGAGAUGCUGUUCACCUGCUCAGUCUCUGAGAAGAGAUUUACUGAGUCAUCCAACCUAGUGGCACAUCAGCAAGGUCACACUGGGGAGAAGCCAUUCACCUGCUCAGACUGUGGGAAGAGAUUCGCUAAUUCAUCCACCCUACAGAGACAUCAGCGAGUCCACACUGGGGAGAAGCCAUUCACCUGCUCAGUCUGUGGGAAGGGAUUCACUCGGUCAUCCAACCUACUGGCACAUCAGCGAGUUCACACUGGGGAGAAGCCAUUCACCUGCUCAGUCUGUGGGAAGAGAUUCACUAAUUCAUCCACCCUACAGAGUCAUCAGCGAGUUCACACUGGCGAGAAGCCAUUCACCUGCUCAGUCUGUGGGAAGAGGUUCACUGAUCAAUCCACCCUACAGAAACAUCAGCGAGUUCACACUGGGGAAAAGCCGUUCACGUGCUCAGAAUGUGGGAAGAGAUUCACUGAGUCAUCCAGCCUACAGAGACAUCAGCGAGUUCACACUGGGGAGAAGCCAUUCACCUGCUCAGUCUGUGGGAAGAGAUUCACUCGGUCAUCCAACCUACUGGCACAUCAGCGACUUCACACUGGGGAGAAGCCAUUCACCUGCUCAGUUUGUGGGAAGAGAUUCACUAAUUCAUCCAGCCUACAGGGACAUCAGCGAGUUCACACUGGGGAGAAGCCAUUCACCUGCUCAGUCUGUGGGAAGAGAUUCACUGAUCCAUCCACCCUACAGAAACAUCAGCGAGUUCACACUGGGGAAAAGCCGUUCACCUGCUCAGAAUGUGGGAAGAGAUUCACUGAGUCAUCCAGCCUACAGAGACAUCAGCGAGUCCACACUGGGGAGAAGCCAUUCACCUGCUCAGUCUGUGGGAAGAGAUUCACUAAUUCAUCCAGCCUACAGAAUCAUCAGCGAGUUCACACUGGGGAGAAGCCGUUCACCUGUUCAGAAUGUGGGAAGGGAUUUACUCAGUUAUCCAACCUACAGAGUCAUCAGCGAGUUCACACUGGGGAGAAGCCGUUCACCUGCUCAGUCUGUGGGAAGAGAUUCACUAAUUCAUCCAGCCUACAGAAUCAUCAGCGAGUUCACACUGGGGAGAAGCCGUUCACGUGCUCAGAAUGUGGGAAGAGAUUCACUCAGUCAUCCAGCCUACAGAGUCAUCAGCGAGUUCACACUGGGGAGAAGCCAUUCACCUGCUUAGAAUGUGGGAAAGGAUUCACUCAGUCAUCCAAACUGCUAGUACACCAGUCAGUUCACAGUGGGGAGUGGCCAUUCACCUGUUCAGACUGUGGGAUGGGAUUCACUUGCUCGUCUAAGCUAAUGGCUCACCAGCGAGUUCACACUGGAGAGAUGCUGUUCACCUGCUCAGUCUCUGAGAAGAGAUUUACUGAGUCAUCCAACCUAGUGGCACAUCAGCAAGGUCACACUGGGGAGAAGCCAUUCACCUGCUCAGACUGUGGGAAGAGAUUCGCUAAUUCAUCCACCCUACAGAGACAUCAGCGAGUCCACACUGGGGAGAAGCCAUUCACCUGCUCAGUCUGUGGGAAGGGAUUCACUCAGUCAUCCAACCUACUGGCACAUCAGCGAGUUCACACUGGGGAGAAGCCAUUCACCUGCUCAGUCUGUGGGAAGAGAUUCACUAAUUCAUCCACCCUACAGAGUCAUCAGCGAGUUCACACUGGCGAGAAGCCAUUCACCUGCUCAGUCUGUGGGAAGAGGUUCACUGAUCAAUCCACCCUACAGAAACAUCAGCGAGUUCACACUGGGGAAAAGCCGUUCACGUGCUCAGAAUGUGGGAAGAGAUUCACUGAGUCAUCCAGCCUACAGAGACAUCAGCGAGUUCACACUGGGGAGAAGCCAUUCACCUGCUCAGUCUGUGGGAAGAGAUUCACUCGGUCAUCCAACCUACUGGCACAUCAGCGACUUCACACUGGGGAGAAGCCAUUCACCUGCUCAGUUUGUGGGAAGAGAUUCACUAAUUCAUCCAGCCUACAGGGACAUCAGCGAGUUCACACUGGGGAGAAGCCAUUCACCUGCUCAGUCUGUGGGAAGAGGUUCACUGAUCAAUCCACCCUACAGAAACAUCAGCGAGUUCACACUGGGGAAAAGCCGUUCACCUGCUCAGAAUGUGGGAAGAGAUUCACUGAGUCAUCCAGCCUACAGAGACAUCAGCGAGUCCACACUGGGGAGAAGCCAUUCACCUGCUCAGUCUGUGGGAAGAGAUUCACUAAUUCAUCCAGCCUACAGAAUCAUCAGCGAGUUCACACUGGGGAGAAGCCGUUCACCUGUUCAGAAUGUGGGAAGGGAUUUACUCAGUUAUCCAACCUACAGAGUCAUCAGCGAGUUCACACUGGGGAGAAGCCGUUCACGUGCUCAGAAUGUGGGAAGAGAUUCACUCAGUCAUCCAGCCUACAGAGUCAUCAGCGAGUUCACACUGGGGAGAAGCCAUUCACCUGCUUAGAAUGUGGGAAAGGAUUCACUCAGUCAUCCAAACUGCUGGUACACCAGUCAGUUCACAGUGGGGAGUGGCCAUUCACCUGUUCAGACUGUGGGAAGGGAUUCACUUGCUCGUCUAAGCUAAUGGCUCACCAGCGAGUUCACACUGGAGAGAUGCUGUUCACCUGCUCAGUCUCUGAGAAGAGAUUUACUGAGUCAUCCAACCUAGUGGCACAUCAGCAAGGUCACACUGGGGAGAAGCCAUUCACCUGCUCAGACUGUGGGAAGAGAUUCACUGAGUCAUCCAGCCUACAGAGACAUCAGCGAGUUCACACUGGGGAGAAGCCAUUCACCUGCUCAGUCUGUGGGAAGAGAUUCACUAAUUCAUCCACCCUACAGAGUCAUCAGCGAGUUCACACUGGCGAGAAGCCAUUCACCUGCUCAGUCUGUGGGAAGAGGUUCACUGAUCAAUCCACCCUACAGAAACAUCAGCGAGUUCACACUGGGGAAAAGCCGUUCACGUGCUCAGAAUGUGGGAAGAGAUUCACUGAGUCAUCCAGCCUACAGAGACAUCAGCGAGUUCACACUGGGGAGAAGCCAUUCACCUGCUCAGUCUGUGGGAAGAGAUUCACUCGGUCAUCCAACCUACUGGCACAUCAGCGACUUCACACUGGGGAGAAGCCAUUCACCUGCUCAGUUUGUGGGAAGAGAUUCACUAAUUCAUCCAGCCUACAGGGACAUCAGCGAGUUCACACUGGGGAGAAGCCAUUCACCUGCUCAGUCUGUGGGAAGAGAUUCACUGAUCAAUCCACCCUACAGAAACAUCAGCGAGUUCACACUGGGGAAAAGCCGUUCACCUGCUCAGAAUGUGGGAAGAGAUUCACUGAGUCAUCCAGCCUACAGAGACAUCAGCGAGUCCACACUGGGGAGAAGCCAUUCACCUGCUCAGUCUGUGGGAAGAGAUUCACUAAUUCAUCCAGCCUACAGAAUCAUCAGCGAGUUCACACUGGGGAGAAGCCGUUCACCUGUUCAGAAUGUGGGAAGGGAUUUACUCAGUUAUCCAACCUACAGAGUCAUCAGCGAGUUCACACUGGGGAGAAGCCGUUCACCUGCUCAGUCUGUGGGAAGAGAUUCACUAAUUCAUCCAGCCUACAGAAUCAUCAGCGAGUUCACACUGGGGAGAAGCCGUUCACGUGCUCAGAAUGUGGGAAGAGAUUCACUCAGUCAUCCAGCCUACAGAGUCAUCAGCGAGUUCACACUGGGGAGAAGCCAUUCACCUGCUUAGAAUGUGGGAAAGGAUUCACUCAGUCAUCCAAACUGCUGGUACACCAGUCAGUUCACAGUGGGGAGUGGCCAUUCACCUGUUCAGACUGUGGGAAGGGAUUCACUUGCUCGUCUAAGCUAAUGGCUCACCAGCGAGUUCACACUGGAGAGAUGCUGUUCACCUGCUCAGUCUCUGAGAAGAGAUUUACUGAGUCAUCCAACCUAGUGGCACAUCAGCAAGGUCACACUGGGGAGAAGCCAUUCACCUGCUCAGACUGUGGGAAGAGAUUCGCUAAUUCAUCCACCCUACAGAGACAUCAGCGAGUCCACACUGGGGAGAAGCCAUUCACCUGCUCAGUCUGUGGGAAGGGAUUCACUCAGUCAUCCAACCUACUGGCACAUCAGCGAGUUCACACUGGGGAGAAGCCAUUCACCUGCUCAGUCUGUGGGAAGAGAUUCACUAAUUCAUCCACCCUACAGAGUCAUCAGCGAGUUCACACUGGCGAGAAGCCAUUCACCUGCUCAGUCUGUGGGAAGAGGUUCACUGAUCAAUCCACCCUACAGAAACAUCAGCGAGUUCACACUGGGGAAAAGCCGUUCACGUGCUCAGAAUGUGGGAAGAGAUUCACUGAGUCAUCCAGCCUACAGAGACAUCAGCGAGUUCACACUGGGGAGAAGCCAUUCACCUGCUCAGUCUGUGGGAAGAGAUUCACUCGGUCAUCCAACCUACUGGCACAUCAGCGACUUCACACUGGGGAGAAGCCAUUCACCUGCUCAGUUUGUGGGAAGAGAUUCACUAAUUCAUCCAGCCUACAGGGACAUCAGCGAGUUCACACUGGGGAGAAGCCAUUCACCUGCUCAGUCUGUGGGAAGAGAUUCACUGAUCAAUCCACCCUACAGAAACAUCAGCGAGUUCACACUGGGGAAAAGCCGUUCACCUGCUCAGAAUGUGGGAAGAGAUUCACUGAGUCAUCCAGCCUACAGAGACAUCAGCGAGUCCACACUGGGGAGAAGCCAUUCACCUGCUCAGUCUGUGGGAAGAGAUUCACUAAUUCAUCCAGCCUACAGAAUCAUCAGCGAGUUCACACUGGGGAGAAGCCGUUCACCUGUUCAGAAUGUGGGAAGGGAUUUACUCAGUUAUCCAACCUACAGAGUCAUCAGCGAGUUCACACUGGGGAGAAGCCGUUCACGUGCUCAGAAUGUGGGAAGAGAUUCACUCAGUCAUCCAGCCUACAGAGUCAUCAGCGAGUUCACACUGGGGAGAAGCCAUUCACCUGCUUAGCCUGUGGGAAAAGAUUCACUCAGUCAUCCACCCUACAGAAUCAUCAGCGAGUUCACACUGGGGAGAGGCCAUUCACCUGCUCAGUCUGUGGGAAGAGAUUCACUCAGUCAUCCAACCUGCAGAGUCAUCAGCGAGUUCAUACUGGGGAGAAGGUAUUCACCAGCUCAGAAUGUGGGAAAGGAUUCACUCAAUCAUCCCACCUACUGGCACACCAGUCAGUUCACAAUGAGGAGUGGCUGUUGUUAUGAUUCCCUAGAUUUCAUUUGCUGUGGACUAUCAUUUUGAGAGAGAGAGAGAGAGAGAUUAAGAAGGGAAAUCAGUCUGACUUGCAGCUUGUUUACAUCGCUCACAGCUUGUUUAGUUUUAACCAAGGACACAGAUACUCAGUCAGAUGGAGAUGAAGGAGGAAAAAUGGAAGGUUUGGAACAAGGGAACUACUGGCCAAGGGUCACUGUUUCGAACUUUCCUCUGCCCACAAGGGUGGGUUAAUUAUCGAUUCAGCAUACAUUGAAUGUGUGAUUGUCAUCUCGUUUGAUCCAUAGGAGUGGAUCUGAUUUGGGGUAUCCUGUGAAGACCACUUAUGUGUUGACCCUUGCCUGGGUGUGGUGUGGAAAUUCACUUGAAGACGAUACCUCUUGUGACAAGUCACUUCUGGUGAUAAUUUGUAUGUGGAUUUGGAACGACGACAGAUAAAAUCUACAGCGACUGUUCCCUCGUUUUACCACCAUGGAUGCUGUGGAAUUCAACGUUAUUGCCUUUUCUCGAUAUUUACCCUGGAUUACAAAUAUCUCUCUCUCCUCAACUAUUCUGUGGUUGAACUGAACUUUCAUAGUUCACCAUCUCAAGACUCCAAGCCUUGUUUCCCCUGAGCUCAAUAGUUUGGGAGUUAUAUUUACCCACAUAUAUACAUAUAACACUGUUAACUUUUGUUUAUCUUGCUUAAGUUACUGUAUUGUUAGUAGGUACUAAUAAAGAUAGUGGAUUUAACAUCAAAAACAGACUCUUGGUGUAGUCUAUUGCUGCUGACUCAUUUCUAUAGUGUUACGGGGUCAAGAUUGGGACCUGCAUCCAAUACAGGAAAAGAUUUGGAGGCAUAUUGAUUAAUUAUCGAUUUCAUUGGAGAAAUCCCUUUUGAUUUAUUUGUGUAUGGAAAAUCCGCAGCAAUGGAUGUUGAUAGAUGUCUGGAAGCGCCAACCUCUGAGGUGUUAGAGGACACCAGAAGGAUUGAGUUGCUGAGUAUUGCUAAAAGGUUAAAACUUGCUAAGGUGAAAUCGACAAUGAGGAGGUCACAGAUGCAGAGGAAAAUAGCUGAGUAUUAUGUAUCUGAGGGUGUGUUUAAAGUGCAGGAGUUGGAGGUGUUUCCUGAAAGUAAUCCUAGUGAGCUUGAGCUCCCGUACAAGUUAGAAAAAAUAAAGAUAGAGGCUGUGGAAAGGCAGAGGCAGGUUGAGGCUAAAGACGCAGAAAAACAGAGAGGAAGCAGAAAGACAGAGGCUGUUCGAGCUGGCAAUGAUAGAGAGAUUGCAGCAAAGGGGUCUAGCGUUAGACUCUGGUGAUAAGUUUCAGGCCAGUCGGUAAGUUAAAUCGGUGUCUCCAUUUGACGAGGCAGAGGUUGAUAAAUACUUCCAGCAUCUUGAGAAGUUUGCUCAGGGUUUUGAAAUGGCCAAAAGAGGUUUGGCCUAUUCUCUUACAAAGUGUAAUUAAGGGGAAGGCUCAGCAAGCCUAUUCUGCUUUGACAGUUGUUGAAGCAGCUGAUUAUGACAUAGUGAAACAGGCUGUGCUCAAAGCUUACGAGUUGGUCCCAGAAGCAUACAGGCAAAAGUUUAGAAAUUUGAGGAAAUCUGUGAACCAGACUUAUAUGGAAUUUGCUUAUAGAAGUUUGUGUGUUUUGACCGCUGGUGCACAUAUAAAAAUGUAAAUGAUGAUUUUUAACAGCUUGAAAGAGUUGGUUUUAAUUGAAGAAUUCAAAAUGUGCGUCCCUGAUGACAUAAAGAUGUAUUUAAAUGAAAAGGAUGCUGCCAGUUUGCAGGAGUCUGCUAGAUUAGCAGUUAAGUUUGCUUUAACUCAUAACGUUAAGUUCACCCAGAAUAAGAGUUUCCAAAAGAGUAGCAGGGAUAACCAGAGUAAACCAGAAAUUAAAGCUGGGACUAGUGAUGAGACUAAGGAUGAAGGGAAGCAGUUGAAGGAGAAAUAUUCUGGUCUUCCUUGUUACUAUUGUAAGAAAGCUGGUCACAUGAUGGCUAAUUGUUCUGUCCUGAAGAAGAAAAAGGAAAAGGAGACACUGAUCACAGGCAUGUGGGACUAUGUUGAAGCACCUGUAAACCCACAAGGUUCUGAACAUUCUGUUGUGGCUUAGUUAAGGACUGAGAUGUCUGACCGAGUUAAGGGAUUCGAUCAUUUUAUGUCAGAUGGGUUUGUAUUAGUAAUGGAAGGGUCAACCCUGGUACCAGUGAAAAUUCUUCGAGAUACUGGGGCUUCUCAGUCACUUAUAUUAGACAGCCUUCUAAAGUUUGGUGAUGAGACUGACACUGGUGAGGUAAAUCUUAUUAAAGGCAUUGGGGGCAGCAUUGUUUCUGUUCCAUUGCACAAGGUAACUUUACAGUCAGGGUUGGUUUCGGGACCUGUUAAGAUUGGAUUAUGCUCCAGUUUACCAGUGGAAGAUGUUACUUUGCUGUUUGGGAAUGAGCUGGCAGAUGGUAAAGUUGUUCCUGCAGUGCAGUUGACAACUAAGCCAACCACUGACGACUCACAGAUGGAUUUUAACAUUUAUCGCAGUAACUCGAAGUAUGGCUAAAAAGUCUGCCAAUGCAGACGGUUCUGUGCAGCAUGAUUCUGAUACCCAUGAUAGCCAAAAUCAGGUUGACCAGGAUUCAGGUUAUGAUGACUUGUCAGGGACCUUUCAGCCUUCAUUGUUUCAACAGGAUUCAAGUACUAAGUCUGAGGAGAAAGAUUUAUCCCUGUCCAGGAAGGAGUUUAUAGCAGAACAGAACCGAGACCCUGAGAUUGAAGCUUUAUAAGAAACAUCUCUCUCAGAUGAUGAGAUUAAGAAAAUGACAGUAGGGUAUUAUCUGAAGGAUGGAGUGUUAAUGAGGAAGUGGAGGCCACCUGCUAUACCUGUGAGUGAGGAAUGGGCAAUUGUUCACCAAGUUGUAGUUCCUAAAGUUCAUAGGACUGAAAUUUUAACUUUGGCCCACAGUAUGCCCUUCGGUGGCCAUUUCGGAGAGAAUAAAACUGUAAACAGGAUUCUGAAAGACUUUUACUUGCCGAAUUUGAGGAAAGAUGUUUUGACCUUUUGCAGAACCUGUCACACUUGUCAAGUUGUGGGUAAACCUAAUCAGGUCACCCCAGUGGCCCCACUCCAGCCCAUACCUGCAUUCGGUGAACCCUUUUUCAAAUUUAUAGUGGAUUGUGUUGACCUAUUGCCAAAGACUAAAACUGUCCAUCAGUAUUUGCUAACUAUUAUGUGUACUGCAUCCAGAUUCCCAGAGGCAAUACCUCUCAGAAAUAUUAAAGCUGAAACUGUGGCGAAGGCUCUUAACAAGUUUUUUUUUUACUUUAUUUGGUUUGCCUAAAGAAAUCCAGUCUGAUCAAGGAAGUAAUUUUACAUCUCGAUUAUUCCAGCAGGUAUUUUAGGAACUGGGAGCUAAACAAAUUGCAUCGUCUGCGUACCAUCUGGAAUCACAAAGGGCUUUAGAAAGAUUUCAUUCUACUGUCAAAACAAUGAUUAAGACAUAUUGUGUUGAAAAUGGAAACAACUGGGAUGAAGGAAUACAUUUGCUUUUGUUCACUGUAAAGGCUGAUUUAUACUUGUGCAUUCGGGAUUCGCCGUAUCCUACACCGUAGGCCCAAUUUAAUUUUUGCGUAGCCCUACGCCGUAGCGAGCAUGCGUAGUUGUGACUGCAUCGCUCUGCACUUCACCACCAAAAUGCAAGUUGGCCGUGGAGUUUCUCUGACACUGUUGAGUUUCUUCGUGAGAGACAUGGACGAGGAAAUGCAUUUCAAAUAUUUUCCCAUGUCGGCAGGUAGACUUGACGAUUUGGUUCAUUGUCUCCAACCAUUUAUUUCGCAUCAGUGUACAGACAUGGCAGAGAAAAGCAACCGGAAAUGCGAUGCUACCAAGUGGACCAAUGACAGUUGUUGCGGUCUACGUCGCCGCGACGCGUGAGUUACUUUUUUGAGGAGGUGCACGUUACCCUGCGGCGUAGGGUACAGCGUGGGUACGGCGUAGGGUACGUGGUGCCAAUGGCGUACACUUGACGCACAAGUAUAAAUCAGGCUUAAGAGAGUUGGUACAGGAGUCACUGGGCUUUAGUCCAUUUGAACUUGUAUUUGGUCAUGGAGUGAGAGGACCUUUGACCUUGUUAAAGGAACAGUGGAUUGAGGGGGAUGUAUAUGUUAACUUGUUAGACUAUGUUUUGAAGUUCAAAAAUAAACUACACCAAGCCUGUCGUCCAGCGAGACAAAACUUAAAGAUUUCUCAAAACAAAAUGAAGUGUUGGUAUGAUAAGCAGACCAAAACAAAAGAAAAUACAAGGUGGGGGAUAAUGUUCUUGCCUUAUCUCCAAUGUUAACGAAUCCACUUCAAGCAAAAUUCAAUGGACUGUAUGAAAUAGUCUCUCAAAUUAAUAAUGUGAAUUAUGUUAUUAAAACACACGACCAACGUAAACUAACACGGGUGGUACACAUCAAUAUGAUAAAGCCUUAUUCUGACAAGCAGGCACCAUCGGUGAGCGUUGUCAAACAUAUCAAUCUGGCAACCCUGAGAAUGAAACAAUUGACUCGUCUGAAACUUUUCACAAGCCAAACAUGGUCCCAGUUAGGCUAAUGAACUCGGUUGUUCUCGAAAACAUUGACAACAAGUUGGCUCAUCUGCAGCCAAAGCAACAACAACAGCUGAAGGAAUUAAUUCUGAAGUUUAAAGAUUUAUUUCCCGAUGUUCCCAAGUAAACCACGGUUGCAGUACAUGACGUAGAUAUUGGUCAAGCCAAACCGAUUAAACAACACCCAUAUCACAUGAAUGUAGAGAAGUGUAAAUUGGCCGAGCAAGAAAUUGAAUAUAUGCUGAAAAUGGUAUUAUUAGGCCUUCAACAUCAGAUUGGAGCUCACCCUGUGUUAUUGUGCCCAAACCUGAUGGUAGUGUUAGAUUUUGCACUGAUUAUAGGAAGGUAAAUGCAGUAACAAAAACAGAUGCCUAUUCUAUUCCUAGGGUGGUUGAUUGCAUCGAUAAGGUUGGAAAAGGUAAUUUCUUACAAAGAUUGAUCUGUUGAAAGGGUAUUGGUGUGUUCCAUUGACGGACUGAGGUAGAGAAAUUUCUGCAUUUGUUACACCUUCUGGGUUGUAUGAAUACAAUGUUUCGCUAUUUGGAAUGAAAUAUGCUUCAGGAACAUUCCAGAGAAUGAUUGAUUCUGUAAUUCAAGGGUUAGGGCACACAGAUGCCUAUAUUGAUGACUUAGUCACAGGGAGUGACACUUGGGAAGAGCAUAUCUCUGUAGUAGAAAAGCUGUUUGACAGGCUUUCCAAGGCCAACCUUACAGUUGACUUAGCUAAGAGUGAAUUUGGCCAUGCCUCUGUGAUCUAUCUUGGCUGUGUUGUAGGUCAAGGCAAGUUGGCUCCUGUGCAGGCAAAAUCCAGGCAAUUUCUGAAGUUCCUAUUCCGACUGUGUGACGAAGGCCCGUCACUGAUUACAGACGUCUCAUGGUACACUCGGUAAAACACUCAAAGGGUCAUCCACACUCAUUAUUCCCCUCUGUUAUUGUGGUGAGUGAAUGCAUCUCAAUAAAUCAACAGUCACGAUUUUACACUCAACCCCAGCAAUAAUAGGUAUGAAAAAAAGAAACACACUGUCACAGUUUUAUUAUCUCAGGUCAAUUUAUUCAUAUUCAUCUUUCCAAUAAGUGUUUUGCCCAAGUGUCAUGAUAAUCUGACGUCUCUCUCCUCCACAGUCACUGGGUCUGAAACAGAGCUGCUGCAUAGAGCUGUCUUAUAUAGAGGCAGCAGCAACCUGCACAGGUGUGCCGAUGGUGGAGGAUACCAUCUUUACCUGGGACAAGGGUUACGUUACCUAAUUACUCAUCUUGUGGUAAAGUUUUGGGGUUUAUUUAAGUUAUUUAACCAGGAAAUGGUGAAUCCUGUGAUGAAGUAUAUGUGUUUAUUGUGAGAACUGGUGGUAGAGUUUCAGAUUGUGUGAAAUGGAAGAUAAUUGAGUUAAUUAGCUUUUGGUUAGUCUAGGGGGAUUGGUUUAGCAGUUAUAAGCCUCGGGUUACCAAGGCUUUGGGUUGUUUUUUUAUUUAAUCUGAGGGUGGCUGUUAACCAGACAGGUGACAAUUGCAAGCUGUAUAUAUAUAAAAAAUCUUCUUGUUUUGAUGUGGACAUUCAAGUUUUUGUUUUUCCACUAUUUUUGUAAAUAAAAGCACCUCAAUCUAUUUUUGCCACUCAAGUCAUCUUGUUAUU